CAGCAUGACAGAUCGAGCCAGUCAUGGAUAAAUAUGAGAAGGUGAAGAAGAUCGGGGAGGGCUCGUUUGGGAAGGCCAUCCUGGUGAGGUCCAGAGAGGAUGGUCACCAGUAUGUCAUCAAGGAGAUCGGCAUCUCCAAGAUGUCUAAUAAAGAGAGACAGGAGUCACGCAAAGAAGUGGCCGUGUUGGCUAACAUGAGUCAUCCCAACAUUGUCCAGUACAAGGAGUCAUUUGAAGAGAGCGGCUGCUUGUAUAUAGUGAUGGGUUACUGUGUCAAAGUCAAGUUUAUUUAUAAAUGGCAGAUGGACUGCAUGUGUGUGGAUGUUUUAGUAUCCAGGUCUUCUGCAUCAUCCUACCAGACUGCCACAACUUGUUAA